AUCGAUUACGUUGUGUUGGCAGUGGGGAUGGCACAUGUCAGACUUUCUCAUUACUAAACAAUCUUAAGAAAAUCUUCGGGAAAAUAUAUGUCAGUAUGACAGAAACAAAAGCGAAUGAUUCUGAAACCAUCACUACUACCCAACAACAGUCGGGUACAAAAAAUGAUUCAAGCAAAGGUCCUGAAAGUAUUUAUACUGUACCUUUGUUGAAGUUAAUCAAAGAGGCACAGCAACAACAUGGCCUUCGACAUGGUGACUAUCAAAGAUAUAGAACAUAUUGCUCCAGUCGUUUGCAUAGGUUGAGAAAAGUCCUUCAUUUCCCUCAAGGAGAUCGCAAAGGUUUCAAGAAAAGGGAGGUGACGUUGGAUAACUUGAAAGAUGAAAAGUUCUUAUAUCUUCCAUUGAUUCAAGCUGAAAGAGCUUGGGGAUAUGCAAUGCAGCUUAAACAAGAGUCAAACACUGAACCUAGGAAGAAGUUUCACCUAGUUGCUAGGCUGCGUAAGGCUGUCACCCACACUAUUCAUCUCGAGUACAUCUGCCAAAGUCCUCUGUGUGAUGCAAGGACCAAACUUGAAGCUCAAGCAUACUCGGCAUGGAUGCAAGGAACUCUGUUUUUUGAGCUACAAGAAUGGAAACAGGCCAGUGAAAAACUUGUGUUAUCUCAAACCAUCUAUGAGAAACUGGCAUCCGCUCUCAAUGAAGACGAACAAAUUUUGUAUAAACAACGCGUCGAAGAGCUGAACCCUAACUUGCGUUAUUGCGCUUACAACAUUGGCGACUCAAGCGCUCAACAGGAUCUCUUGAACAUGCGUAGCAAAGGCGGUAAAUCUGAAUUGGAUGCUUUGAUCGCCCAAACACGUGAAAAGCAGGCAGCAAGUUUGCUGGAAGUGACCUGGCGCGGCCGUACGGUUCCUGUUCGAUUGGAGAAAAUUCGUGUUUUUCUCUUGGCUUAUCAAGGUCUAGAUUCCAGCAUUGGGAAGGCCAACGACUUUGAUGCCAAACUGUCCGCAUACGAGACUAUUUUGCUGGACUGUAAAGAAGCUAUUCAAUCUCUAAAGGAAGAUUUGGCAGCGGUCGCUAAAAACAAGGUAGAUGUUCAACCAUCUCAGUUGGGAUCCCAACAAUAUCUGCUGAGUUAUUUAACAUUUCUGCGAGCAACGCUGACAAUUGAUCGAAACUUGGUGAUGGUAAAUGUGUUUCAGAAGAAUUUCGCCGCCUACCAGAGCGGCGAAUCUAAAAAAGUAGCCAAACCGCAAGAAGGAGUAAAGCUUUACGAAGCAAUGGUCCAAUUGUCUGGCGAAUUGCAGCAAUUGCAAGGAAUGGAGAAUGAUAAGAAAUUCCAAAACGACCUGGAAUUACUCACAAAAGUUUUCAAAGCCUUCCGUUGCUAUUACAUGGCGCUGACAUGCCAGGGUAACCGCCAAUGGGCUGAAGCGCUGGCCUUGUACCAGCGAGCUGAAACUUACAUUAACCAGGCGGAAGGAAAGAAGCUCGGCGACUCUGAGUUUACCAAGUACGCUCCCGUUGGCCAGGACUUGGCUCACCUGCGCAGUCUGGUAAACUCGGGCAAAUGCGCAGCCCACGCCCAGAAUAUCCUGGGUGUCGAAGAUAUCAAUGCUGCCAUGAGUGGUCUUAGCGUGCGUUCCAAAAAGAGUUUGUCUCUGCGAUUGGACGAAUUUGUGGAAGAUGCCAGCUUAACAACAAACACGCCGAAUGUUAUCAAGCUGCCGCCAACUAUGGUGCCUGUGCCUUGCAAACCGCUUUUCUUCGACCUGGCUCUCAACCACAUAAGCUUCCCUUCGUUGGCGGAGAGUAUGGAGAACAAGAAGAGUACGGGAGCCGGAAUCACUGGAUUCGUCAAAGGGUUGUGGGGUUGGGGUGGCAAGAAAGUAAAUCCUAGAGAUCAAUGAUGGAAAAAAAGUUUAAUUCAUUCGUUCUGAAUACUAACAAUGUAUUGGUUGGUGGCAAAAGAAAUACAUUUUCAUUUCAACCUUAAA